UUUAUUUGUCUAAAAAAAAUCCUGGAAGAGAAAUGUGUCAGUUUAGCCACUAUUGACAACCCGGUGGAGCGGCAGAUUAAAAAAAAAACGAAAAAAAAAGGAAAGGUGAACGGAGCCAAAUUCAAUCGAGGCAAUGACAGAGCGGAUUUGGCUGGUCUUCGAUUCUUGAUCUUCCAAUUUUUGCUCUACACUCGAAGUGUACAAUUAUAAUCCAACAGUUGAGAAGGAUUCGCUCAACCAUUCUAACGCUCCUUAAUGAGUAAAUCAAUCUUUGUUGCAUUGUCUUUGAUUAAUUCGAUUGAGAUGAUUCCUAGCCCUGGGAAGUCUACAUAAGAAUCAUAGUGUAGACCUAUCUCAAUUGAUCGAAUUAAUCAGAGACACUGCAACAAAGAUUGGUUCACGCAUAAAGGAGCUCUUGAAUGAAAAAAAAAAUCCAGUCCAUAUGUUAAGGUUUGCUACCAGGAUUGUAAGAAGCUUUACUCUAUGGCGCCGAUGCUACGACUUGUGAAGACGGGUUUAAGGACGGUGGCCUAAAAUCUCCUUUGAUAGCAGAGUGUAUAUAUCUGGGACGGUAGCCUAAAAUCACAUUCAAAUCUAAGGAUUUGCUCGCUACAAAAAUUACAAUCUCCACAAACCUCGACGCUAUGGUGGUGGUUGUUGCCGCUUCUUCUACUAUCUCUUUGGCUUCAUCGUCGUCCUUGCCGCCCUUGUCAUCUCCGAGCUAUUCAGUCUAUUAUGAGCCUAAAAGAAAUCACUUCAUUAUAGAUGAGGAAAAAAAAAAAAAAAACCGAAUAAAAAAUCCUUGGGUGAUUGAAUGUAGUGGACUCCCUCAAUGUAAGAACCCUCUUAUCAUUGGCAUUCAUUAUUGAUUUAAUAUGGUUAUGUAGUGUCUUCCCUACUCUGUCUUCUGUAACCAUUACUUUCUCUGCACUCAGUUGGGUUUUCAAUUCAAUUCACAGGUUUGAAGAGGUUGAAGAUGGACUUCAAUGGUAAUCCGAGGAUAACUUGGAAGAUGGGGACUCGGGGCUGCUGUGUGGCCCCUGCCAUUCCAGACCUGCCAAAACCAUUCGGAUGGAUGAGUUUAGCUUGUGGACUGGAUUAGUGGGUAGAAACUGGAAAGGCUCCUGAAGAAACUCAGCCACCACUCCUUCAGAAUCAGUUGGACCAAAAUCCAAAAGUCAUCCAAAUCCACAAGCUCAUCUCUCUCUUUCACAGAUGUCCAUUUCUGCCUCUCUUCUUCCCCUUCUUAUAUUAACUUCCACCUUCCUCAUAUCACUCUGUGUCUCUCUUAACACCUAUUAACAGUUAAGACAUGUCUCCCUCUGCUUACCUCUCUUCCACCAGACAGUAUGGGUUAAUAACAGGAGACACUGUCCUACUUCGCAACUCUCACUUGCUCCAAGCACGAAGGCACCGAUCGCCAUUCCUCAUCUCUCACCAAACUUACUUCUCCACCAGACAGUCUAUGAACCUCAAACCUCAACUACCCAAAUCCUCACUCCCCAUAUUAGGGCUUAAAAAUUCCAAAUUCUUCCUCCGUUCUGCAAUUUUAUCUUCCUUUGCUGAAGCUGAGGGUGACGAAGAAGCAUUUCUGGGUAAACAAAGCCAUGAUGAUGCAAAACCUGAUCACUUGCCUGGUAUGGCUAAGGCCUUCAACAUCUCCUCCAGCACAGCUUCUGCAAUUUCUAUCUGUAUAGCCUUUGCUGCUCUGAGUCUUCCACUUCUCAUGACAUCUUUGGGGCGCGGGUUAGCAUUGAAGAUUAAAUUGCUUUCUUAUACAACACUGUUGUUUGGGUUUUACAUGGCCUGGAACAUUGGAGCUAAUGAUGUUGCCAAUGCCAUGGGCACUUCUGUGGGUUCGGGUGCUCUAACACUUCGACAGGCAAUGCUGACUGCAGCAGUUUUGGAGUUCUCUGGGGCACUGUUGUUGGGGACCCAUGUGUCUGGCACAAUGCAGUAUGGAAUCCUUGUCGCGAAUGUCUUUCAGGGGAAGGAUACGUUGCACUUUGCGGGUUUGCUUGCUUCUCUGGCUUCUGCUGGGACCUGGUUACAGGUUGCAUCCUACUUUGGUUGUCCUGUCUCCACCACACAUUGUAUAAUAGGAGCAAUGGUUGGAUUUGGUCUAGUCUACGGGGGAGUAGGUGCUGUAUUCUGGAGUUCACUGGCUAGAGUAGCUUCGUCAUGGGUCAUCUCCCCUAUCAUGGGAGCAGCAAUGUCAUACCUCGUCUACAAAUGCAUCCGUAGGUUUGUCUACAGUGCUCCAAACCCAGGGCAGGCUGCUGCUGCAGCUGCACCUAUCGCUGUCUUUGUGGGUGUAACUGGAAUCUCCUUUGUGGCUUUCCCCCUCAGCAAGAACCUCCCUGUGGCUCUGGUGCAAGCCUUAGCCUGCGGAACAGCAGGUGCACUCCUGGUCAGUAGGGUUAUCCACAAACAGCUUGGCCACCUCCUCCUUAAGUCUGAAUCAUCACAAGCAGAGCCAAAAGAGGAACCCUCCCAGAAUAAGAAUUUUGGAUUCCUCUCUGAUGUUGCAGGCCCCAAGGGGACUCAGCUGGAAAUUGUCUAUGGUGUCUUUGGCUACAUGCAAGUUCUGUCAGCCUGCUUCAUGUCGUUUGCCCACGGGGGGAAUGAUGUAUCAAAUGCAAUAGGUCCAUUAGCUGCUGCAUUAUCUAUUCUCCAGGGCAGUGCCGGUGGAACUGAGAUUAUUAUUCCAAUUGAUGUUCUUGCAUGGGGAGGGUUUGGGAUUGUUGCAGGACUGAUGAUGUGGGGGUACAGGGUGAUAGCAACGAUUGGGAAGAAAAUAACAGAGUUGACACCAACAAGGGGAUUUGCGGCUGAAUUUGCAGCAGCUUCAGUGGUUCUCUUUGCCUCAAGGAUGGGACUGCCCAUCUCUGCAACCCACACUCUUGUGGGAGCUGUCAUGGGUGUGGGUUUUGCAAGGGGUCUUAACAGUGUGCGAGCAGAGACUGUGAGGGAGAUUGUGGCUUCUUGGGCCAUCACAAUUCCAGUUGGUGCAUUUUUUGCCGUUUUAUAUACAUGGAUCCUGACCAGGAUCUUAUCAUAUAUACUUUGAGGUGUACCUCUGAAAGGAAAAAGAAAGACAUCUUGAUGUAUUAUAUUAAUUGCAGAACUCUCACUGGAAAAUGUUUGUUUUUCUCACUGGAAGAGUAGGGAGGGACUAGAAAUGAGUGAAUUACCUGUAGCCACUAGUUCUUAAACUCCAAAAGAUGAGGCUUUCCAUUCCUCUGUGAAUUAAAACUCCUCUUUCCUUUCAUUCGAACUUUGUAUGUUCCAUAAAUGUACUCCUCUCUGUACAAAAGGAUCCAAGUCAUAUGGUAUACAUCUCGAGGUUAAAGAAGGCAAGGUUCUUUGUCAGAUUCUUCUUUCUUCAAAAUAUUACAUGUUCAGUAAACAGUUUCCAAUGAAGGAAAUCCAUUUAUUAUUUCAUUCUCUC